AUGGGUUUAAAAGGCCUCAAGCGGGCUAAAGUCCCGGACACACCGUCAAAGCGAUUCUCCAUACGGCCCCAGCUACCAGGUGGCCAUGCGCAUUAUAUCGAGCCCAAAGGCUACCAAGACCGGGCCAACUCAUGGAAGAAGUUCCUCGGGGGAGGCAAACAGACAUCGGAGAAGGAAGCACUCAACUCGGUGGACACCAUGGUCGAGAAGUACGGCAGAUGCCUGGAGGUGGUUGGCAGCGGCGCGACCGGCACCGUGUGGCUCUCGCGCAAAAAGACUCACAGCACCGGCAGCGACGCGCUGCAUGCCAUCAAAUGCGUCCGGCGCGUUCCGACGGAGCCCAAGGAAAAGUACAGCAAGAGGUUACAGGCCGAGUUCGCCAUGUCAAAGCAGCUCGAUCACGAAAAUGUGGUCCGCACACUGGGGUUGUUCAAGGGCCCAAGCGAUGACUACUGCAAGGCAAUGGAGUUUUGUGCAGGCGGCGAUCUAUACAUGCUGGUUCACACCGCGGGGAGGCUGGAGGAGCAGGAGGCAGAUUGCUUCUUCAAGCAGUUGAUAUACGGAGUCGAGUACUUGCAUGAGAUGGGUGUAUCCCAUCGCGAUCUCAAACCCGAAAAUCUGCUGCUCACCAGGAAUGGCCAGCUCAAGAUCAGCGACUUUGAUUGCAGCGAAUGUAUUCGUUUAGCGUGGGAGACGGAAGCCCGGCCAGUGUCUGGGCUCUGCGGCUCGGAGCCAUACAUUGCACCCGAGGCAUUCCUACAAGAGGAAUUUGAUGGUCGUGCUCUGGAUAUCUGGGCGUGUGGGAUUAUCUACAUGGCCAUGGCUACAGGCAAACUUCUUUGGAACAUUGCACAGAAGGACGAAGACAGCAUAUACACGAAAUACCUGGAGGAUCGACGUGGCGAGGAUGGUUUCGCCCCCAUAGAGUCUUUACCGCAAGAACAUUGCCGCAAUGUCCUUUAUUGCAUUCUAGACCCCAGACCGUCUCGUCGUAUCACUGUCUCCCAGCUCUUAAAGAGCCCAUGGGUACGAGGCAUUCAGGUCUGCUGUGAGGUCUCGGAUACUUGA